GCUCUUAGACUUGGCUCUCGGCUCUCCGGCAUUCCGCCGACCUCUCGCGUCGUAAACACACGCGACGAUGCGCGGCGAACGCGCCGCUCGUGACACGCGGCACAACAAGGAUCACGAAAAUUUAAAAUCAUCACUUAAAAAGGGGACUAAAUCAAAAAAGCAUAGAGUUGUCUUCGAUGAGACUGCUAAUGAAUUUUUUGAGGCGGAUUACAUUAUUGUUGUCCGUGAUGAAUGUGGAUAUUCUGAUGAGGGUGAAGGCGAUGAAUGCUCAGGGUGCGGGGCGUGCGAGCGCUAUCAGGAGCCUGAGCCUGGUGCCCUCAGUCCACCAGAAGGGUACAAAGAUAUGGGGCUAUUUAACCGGGAUGGGACUUUGCGCGAGCAGGCUUGGUGGGAAGCGGGUGAUGUUGUUUUGGUCGGAGAGAGAUCGGGGACGGUUUUCACCCCGCAGCACCUUCAGCUCCUGCGACGGCUGCAGAGGGAGAGGAUGAUGCGAUCGUCAGUUUGCGCUGACUGCGAUGCACAUACGAUCCACCAGCCUCUGGGGCUGGAACAUAACUACGAAGAGGAAGAGGGUAGCGAUGUAGACCGAGAAUUAAGGCCAAUAGCCCGACGCACGGGCAAGCACAUAGCUGCUGGCGAAGAAAGACCAAGGAUCAACUCUAGUCAACAAACUACACCCAUUGAAGAAUGCGCUCCAGAUAUUAUAUGCAUAGAUGAGAUUCAGCCCGAGGUGCAAACGGCGCCCCUAACGAGUGAAGAAAGUGACACGGCUGAUACUGAAGGACGAUUGUCGCUAGAGAGUUCACCGCUACGACAACGACGUGCGGGAAUUUUGAAGGGCGGGAGGCUCUGGAAAUCCUUGGACAAUGACAAGGAGGGCAGUGAACAGAACGACGAUCAGCGGUCAACAACAGCCAGCGACGAAGACGGGUCUGUCACACCCAGAUCGGUACGAUUCGUUGAACGAGCAAAAGAAGCGGAGGAUGAGGAGAAAAAUAAAAACACAACUACGGGUCAGCAAACACAAAACUUGGAUGAAAUACAAAGGGAAACACAAAGGGAAAUCCCCUCUACGCAUAGAUUGGAUACUCCGCUCAUACUAACAGCGAAUGCGUCGAAGUCAAAUUCUGCGGUACAACAACUGUUUACCAGUAAUCGACCUCCACCACCCGCAAUAGAACCACAGUUAAUCACAUCAGAAACGUUACGAGCUUGGGACGCUGGCGUAAGACCGAAGGCGGAAGAUGCCGCUGUACGACGAGUAGCUGAAAGAAAUGCUAUCAGGUGUUCACUUCUCCGAACUGAAACGAGGAAAAAGCAACAGCCAAAGCAGCAAGAAGGGACGUCACUCUCUGAAAGGAUACGAUUGCUAACUUGCGAUGUCGAAGAUGAAGCGGAGGAACAACGAUCAUCACCAGCUGGAGCCAGUGUCGACAAAUUCUCAAGCAGCAGUGACAAAUCCAGCGACAAGUCGUUCAACGGUGUCGACAAGAGCAAUGAGAAAGCGUUCGGCAGCGGUUCAUCCAGUUCUUCCUCGUCGACUUUGUCGGCUCCGCCCACGCGUCACCGACCGCCAGAUUUGGGAGACGUUCAUCAAGAACCACACAAGCCUCGACCGGAACCGCGUAGGCAAUUCCUGUCAACGCUUGCUCCUCUUACGGCCUGUGUGGGAAAUACAGGUCAUCACGAAGGAUUCUACUACGUGGCACCAGGAGAUCGCACUACUGCUUCCGCAAACACUGAGGUGGACCUGCGUGAGAUCAAUGAUGCUCCAGCACCAGAUGUCAUCGCGGGCACACCUGGUAAAUGUGCUACAGAGAAUGAUGAUAGCUUGGCAGCGUUCGCCAGGGCAUCAGCUCCUAGGACAGAGAGAUUACGCCAACGAUACGGCCAAGAUUCGCAGCCGGUCAGCAGUGAUGAUGAGCAUGAUGAUUAUGGUUUCCAUCGUCGGCCAGCUGUAAGAGGCAUAGCAGUAAAGCAGCAGUUAGGCGCUUCGGAUGAUAUUUUGCAGCAGAUGCAGAAUGAAUUGCAGCCUACACCAAGCUCGACUCCAAUGCAAAUGCCGACUCACGCCUGUCAACGCACUACAAGUGCGAAUUACGCUUGGCCAUAUUACUCUGAAGCAAAUCUCAACUCGCGACCGCAAAGCAGAGCUAGUGUUAAUACAAAUUGGUCUACAAAAUCUUCAGAUUAUGUCACAGCCCGUCAGUGCAACUCUACUCCAGUUCCACAGCAACACACAGACGCAUGCUACGCACACGCUCAAAGCAUGGCCUCGUACACACAUUACCAACAGCAUCGUCAACAGCAAGACAAUAUGUACAGAAAUAAUUGCUCGCUUUACGCUAAUAUUGGUUGCUCGGAUAGUAGUCAGGAACUUUAUAGUUCUCAAACGAGUUCAGAACAAGCUUCGCCUGUGCGGUCUGCCUCUCGAUGUCGAAGGCCAGAGUCACCGCCGCCUAUCAGAAGUCAUCAUCAGCUACUCUACGUGCCAUAUAGCAACCAUUAUCAUUACCAACAUGACUACGCCCAACAAUGGACCGCUAAUGACUAUGGCCGCAUGCAUUCCUACUAUCAGCAACAAACCCGUAGCGGAGCCAGUACGCCUCAACCUGUGUCAGCUCAGUCGCAACCCGUCGCUACUCAACCCCAUCGGGCACAUUAUACCCAUCCUUUGCAGUUACAAACUUUAUGCCCUGCGCCGGCGCGAUACAGAACCGUACCCGCUCCCCAGCCUGGUGGAGGCAAACAGAUGAUAUGCUAUUCGGAGAAGGUGGCGCCUCCAAUGUACCAACCGGCACCGGGAUCGCCAUCUAGAGCGGCUCGGGGUGCACCAGAAGGGGCCCCAUCUGGGACAAAUGCAAAAGCAAACACAACUUCGCCAAUGACUGUCCCUCCGAAUCCCAUAUACUAUGCUAUGAACGUCUGAUAUAAGGAUUAGGUAUUUGGAAUACACACCUGAACAAGAUGGGGCAUGGAUAAAUACAUGAUAUCGAAGAUCUACAACAAAGAAUAAUCGUUGAGUUUUGUUGUCCUUCGAAAUUUGUAAUAGUUUGAUACGGCUUUGUAAAGAGCAUGAAAGUUGUAUUGUGUUCAAAAAAUAUCAAUGAAGCCUAAGAGACAAACCAAUAAUUUAAUUAUAUUUUUUUUCCUAAAUUAAUUUUCAGGAAAAUAUAUUUACUAUCAUGUAAAGUUACCAUAUAUUAAAUUAACAUAUAAAAGUAACUCCAGUUAUAUUAGCAGAUUCAUUUCUAUUGUUAUCGUAUUGGCGUUAACGUUGUUAUUUCUAGGAUAUUAUUUUUAAAUUCCACAGAUCUUAACUAGCUUUAUAGAAUAUUAAAUGAGAUAUAUUUUUCAAACGAAUUACAGGACAAAAUUAUAUUUCUAUUAUCGAUUUAAUUAAAGUAUGGUUAAAAAUACCUAGUUAUUACUACUAUAUGUAUCGCCAAAGGCAAUGAAAUUGCUUUAGUUUUUGUAUUAAUUUGAAUUAUUUUUACUUGACCUUUCAACACACGAUGGACAAGAUAUAAUAAUAUAAAGGUUGCCAAUUUUUGUUCUCAAAGACAUUGCCAGAUAUCAUGUUUUAGUUUAAUAUUCCUAUUUCUUUAUGUUAGAUAAACAUUAAUUCCCACCAUUUUUAAUUAUAUGAGGCCUAAUUAUAUGAUUGUUAAUGUUAUGCAAAAUGUCUACUGACAUUUUAAUUUAAAUAUUGCUUAAGUUAGUGCCAAAGAUGAUUGAAGUUUAAAUAAUUAUAGGUAUACAUUAAUGUCGGCCUAUGAAGUUGUUAGUACUAGUUAAAUGUUGAAUUAUUUAUGUUUUUGUUUAUAUGAGAACGCACAUGGUAACGUAGCUUGAAAGGAUAAUUUAAAAUAUAGCUGUUAAUAUACUUAUUAUUUAUUAUAAUUUCUUUUAAUCCUCACCAUUAUUUUACGAACGUUCUACAAAGCAUAUACUUCUGUUUUCAGUUCGUGUUAGGAAUGCUGUGUGUUUUAAACAAAUUGUGAAAAUGUAAUUGAUGUGAUUAUACUGAACAUUUUCUUAUUGCUUUAAAAUAUUGGCAAGAGUCAUAUGGUGUUAAAAGCAGGUGGCGAUCACCUUUAAACUUAUUCAUUUUAAGAGUCUUAGACGUCUAUAGUAGUCUAGAAUUAUUGUUUUUAACUUUAAAUCUUUAUCAUACAUUCCUAAAUGUUAUUGUUUGUCUAAAGAUAAACGUUGCUAGUUCGCUUGAAGCAUUUUAUAUUUUGGAUGCUAAGACGUAAUUACGCAGUUAUGAAUGUCUUACGAUAUGUCAGGUGAUUAAGUAGUGUCGAAGACAAUUAAAGUCUUUGAUAGUAAUUCAAUUCUAGUAAUCCGGUCAAAUUAGACAAAAAAAUAGGGGUAAGGUUACAAUAAUUCGCACUUGGCUGAGUAAAUUUUUUUGCACGUGCCGGAUCGAUGAGGACUUUUCACAUUUCCUUUAUAAUAGUGUAUUGAGCAAUCCUACCAAUAUUCAGCCAAGUGCGAAUUAUUGUAACCUUGGAUGUCCAAAUUGACCGGACUAUAAGGCCAAAUCAAGGUUUAUUGUUAAUUACGUUUUAUUUGCGUGAGUAGAUUUCGAAUUUUAAUUUGUGCUGUAAAUAAUAUUAUGUACGUAUAAAUAUAGGCAUUUUGAAAUUUUUUCGUAAAUGCUUGUGUGAAAUAUUUGUUUUUGAUUUCUAGAAAUCAAAAAGGUGUAGAUGUAAGUUUCGUUUCAUUGCUUUACUCACCGUAGCUGGUAGGAGCGGGGUCCGUCCAUCUGAUCGUUAUUUCGACAUGGCUUCUUCCCAUCACGUUAGCUUGGCAAAAGAAUUUACAACAGUUAAGAAUAUUUAAUUACUUAUGAUAAAUAAUUUAAAAUAUUCAAUAAUAUAACAAUACAAACAUAGAUAAGCGGAUAUUCCCAAUGUGUUGUUUUAAAGUUUUAGGAUUAUUUUGUUAACAAGCCUUUGCCAAGAAAACAUCGCUAUAAAAUAAUAAAGACUGAGCUUGUUCAAGAAGCCUGAAGCUACGGUGAAUUUAGAUUACAUUAGACUAUAGGUUUUACUGAGAAAUUGAUAGACAUUUAAGAAAUUAAUUGAACAAAAAUACGAAACCCAGAAAUGUAUUUUGAACGACCAAUCAUCACAGAACAUUAAAUAAAAGGUUAAAAAUGUCAUAUGCUUGUGACGAAUGUACUAUUUGGCAGUAAGAAAAAUAAAGUGUAAUUAAGAGUCAUCUUUAUAAACGUCUUAGGGUCUUGUGCAAUGGCGUCGUUCCUAGAAGUUAUGAAUGUUUAAAGCCAAUACUUAACAGAAUUAAAAAAUAUAUCAUUAUAUAGGUUUCAUAGUCACCAAUGAAUAAUCUGAAAUGGUUUUAAAAUCCUGUCAAAAAGCCCAUUGCCUAAACGUAGCUAAAACACUUCUUAUUCAGCCGCGUACCAGAGCCGUACCGUACCGUAUUAGAGCCGUAUUAGGAGAUAACAUGCAGAUCGGAUAGUUUUCCUAAUGGCUUAUUUUAUUUUAGAUUACGUAAGUUAAAAAAAAUACUCAGUUUUACAUAUUUUAAGCUUUUUAAAUGAUAUGAUAAUCAUUUAUUAAAUGUUCUGUGUUAUUACUAUUAUCUUCGGUGUUAAAUAUAUAGAAGGUUAAACAAAAACAUAACAACGACGUUUAUAAUCGUCCAUUGCCGCUUGUGUGUUGUGUACAAUGUAACAGAAGAUAACGAGGUGCAAACAAUCUCGUGCCCGAAAACAUGCUCACAGUUGAUAAAUAUACUUUAGUAAAUAGUUCAUAUAUAUACACUAAUGUUAAAGAGAUCCAAACGUUGUUGAUACUGGUUUUAUAUAACCAUUUUUCAUUGUACCUUGAUCGGAAUCGCUCUCACAUUCCACCCACACGGGACAGAUAGGCUUAUGUGGUGACUGCGACCUGUCUAUUAUUUUAUUAGCAUUCUUAGAAUGUUCGAAGUAUAAAUAACAAAUUGUGAGUAUAUCGGCGCACAUCGUCUUGACCUUUUUCUUGUUACUGUGUAUUGUUGUGUGUUGCUGCUGCUGGAUUACCUCUCUUGGUGAAUACUUCUUAUAAACAUUAAGCUUAACAUGUAGUGCUAUAGUAGGUAAUUACAAAGAUGUAAGGAGAGAAACAAUAAAUUUUUUUAAAUAAGCUAUUGUUAGAGUGUCUUUAUAUUAUUGUUAUCCAAAUAGGUUCGUUUUUUGUUACUUUGUUCGAAAUGCCAGUAUAUUUGACUCUUGUAUAUUUGCUUAAUGUAAAAGAUGUGUACUUUUAAACAUUUUAUCCAAUUAUUGUGUGAUAUAUUGUGGCUGUAUUUGGAGCAUUUAGUCAGUGUGGCAAUACAGCUUAUACAAUGACUUAUAUAAGGGCAUUAAAGUGUAUAAUUUUGACCCUAAAGGGUCAAAUAACAGGAAAUAAAAGCCUGGAUUCGGCAUUGAUUACUGCGGGAUCUUGUAUAAAAGUUUUAUAUUAUGUAUAAUAUUGAGUAGUAAAGAUUUUGUGAGAGUAGAUAACUUAAAUAAGUAUCUAGUUGUCUAUUACGCAUUUUUAAAAUUAUAUAAAUGUAUACAUAUUCCACUGUUUGUGACAGAAUUAAAAAUAUGACAAAAUUUAGUGAAUAAAGAUAAUGGACGUGUUCCAUUAAAAUUUUUAACUUUCAAAAAGUUUAGAUCGACGUUACAUAAACAUCUUGACCAAUAAUACAUAGUUUGAGAUACUAUUUUGAAGAAAUGCGUUUUAACCGUUUCUUAGUGAAUACCACUUACAUUGUCCUCAAUUUAUUGUUAUCAGAAAUUCCCCAUAACAAAAUUUUAUCCUAAACUUCUAUAAAUUCUGAGUCAAGUAAGUUAUUACGAGUAGUUUAAACGCAUUCAAGAGGGUAAUAGUUUCAAAGUUAAAAUGUUUCAACGUUAUAUUCUUUCAAUUAAUAGAAAUAAAUAUGUUUUGUGUUAGUACGAUAAUAUUACUAUAUCGAAGAUUAUUUUGAAUAUUUAUCGUGUAUUUGCUUUGUAGUAAUAAGUGAUUAUUAUGUAAUAGGAAAUGGACAUAAUGUGACCAUUAGUGAAUGAUACUAGAUUUGGUUUAGUUAAAUUGUAAGUGACGUGUGACUCAUUCAACGGACUCGUUUAGUAAUAAACUUUUAUUUUACGUUGACUUUCUGUAAGCAGAUAGAUUUUAAAUAAAUACACAAUUAUUGUA